AUGACAGAAUCUGAAGUUCCUGUUAUACCCGAACACUUAGAAGACGCUAUUUCUGACAUUGUUAAAGAGAUUAAUACAAACUCUACAUCAGUUGUUGUAAAGAAAUGGAGAAUAUGGAAAAAUUUAUUUGUUAUUUGUAUAGCGUGGGUACUUCAAUUCACUGCUUUUCACGGUAUAUCAAAUCUUCAAUCAAGUUUAAAUGCCAAAGGUAAUGUUGGUAUGAAUUCUAUGGCUAUCAUCUAUGCUUUUUUGAUAUUUUCUUCUGCCUUAUUACCUCAUCCAAUGAUGAGUAUAUUUGGUAUGAAAUGGACAAUAGUAAUAGGUCAAUUUGGUUAUCUUGCAUUUGUUGUUGCAAAUUUAAAACCUAUACCAGCGUUAAUGUAUCCAGCAUCUGUAUUAGUAGGCCUUGGCGGUGCAGUAUUAUGGACGUCUAAAAAUGCUUAUGUAACACAGAUUGGUAUGCUUCAUGCUGAGUCGAAAGGAAAAAAACCUGAAACAGGUGUAACACAGUUUUUUGGUAUAUUUUUUGCUUGUUUUCAAACAAGUCAAAUUUGGGGAAAUCUUAUUAGUUAUUUAGUUUUACAACCAACUCCUAAAUCAAAAACACAUAAUGAAAUAUCAACUGGUUCAGUAGUUCAAAGAAUAUUUAUCAAAAAUGUGACAAAUAUAACCAGCAAAGGCUAUCAAUGUGGUGCAGGAUUUAAUGAAAAAGAUUUUCAUUCUGAUCGUAGUGCUCCUGUAUCAAAAAAUUUAGCAUUUACUUUGUGUUAUAUUUAUAUUGGUCUUAUAGUAGCAAGUAUUGUUUUUAUUGCCCUUCUAUUGGAUCAAAGACGAAGUAAAACAGAUUCAAAAAGUUCUAUCAAAGCCCAGUUAAAAAACUCUCUUCAUCAUGUGGCAUCUACAUUUAAACAUCUAAGACAUCUCAACCAAAUUUUACUUAUUCCAUUUACUCUUUGGUCUGGUUUAGAACAACCUUACAUUAGUGCACAAUUUACUAAAGGAUUUAUAACAUGUGCUGUUGGUAUUAAAUAUGUUGGUCUUGUGAUGAUUGUUUAUGGUGUAUGCGAUGCAUUGAGUAGUUUUAGUUUUGGUCAUAUUGCAAAAUAUAUCGGUCGAAUGUAUUGUUUAAUGUUUGCUGCUUUAAUUAAUUAUACAUUAAUAAUAACUAUGCUUUUAUGGGUACCACAAGAAAAUCAAUUAUGGGUUUUAUUUAUACUUGCUGGUUUAUGGGGUGUAGCUGAUGGUUGUUGGCAAACUCAGAUUGCUGCUGCAUAUGGCACAUUAUUCACUGAAAAUGAAUCAGCAUUUUCAAAUUUUCAUUUAUGGGAAUCGCUUGGAUUUGUUAUUGCUUAUGUGUAUACUCCACGUAUUCGUAUAAGAUAUGCGCAUAUUAUUCUUCUAUGUGUACUUACUUUAUCAAUGGUAUGCUAUACAAUCAUUGAGAUUAGAGAAAAACGAAAAAAGAAAAAAGUACCUGAGGAAGAACCAUCGAAAUCAAAAGAUGACAUAGAAUCCACGAUUGCAACAGCUCUUUAA